AUGCCAUCCUUGAAAGUACUCAUUUGUGGCGGCGGUUGCGCUGGUCCAGCUCUGGCUUACUGGCUCUCCAAAUGCGGACACAAUGUCGUCGUGGUCGAGCGUUUUCCUUCGCUCAGAGCAUCCGGCGCCCAGAUUGAUCUCCGUGCUCAGGGAAUCGAGGUCGUCAAGCGUAUGGGCCUGCUGGAUGUUGUUCGCAGCAAAGUUGUUGAUGAGGUUGGAUUCUCCUUUGUGGAUUCCAAGGGCAAGUCAAAGGCUACUGUCAUGGCAAAUAAGUCUGGUAAAGGCGCGCAAUCUCUUACGUCGGAGUUUGAGAUUAUGCGGGGUGAUCUAGUGAGAUUGCUGUAUGACGCUACCAAGGAUCGUGUCCGGUACGUCUUUGGUAAACAGGUCAUAAAUUUCGAGCAGGAUGAUGAACAAGUAAUGGUUCACUUUUCAGAUGGGUCUUCGGAUUCAUUUGAUCUACUUGUUGGAGCGGAUGGGCAAGGGUCUAGGGUUCGGCAAGCUAUACUACCGUCAACGAUUACGGAUCCAUAUAGGCAUCUCGAUGUACAUAUGGCAUACUUUUUCGUACCUCGUGUGGAAGGUGACACCGACAUUGGCCAAAUGUACCUCAGUCCAGGCGGUCGAAUGGUCAUGCGACGAAGUCACAAUCAGCACGAAACUCAAGUUUACUUUAUGCUGCGAGACGAAUCCAAGGAAUUACGAAACCUCCCAAGGACGCCCCUCGAACAACAAAAGGAGUUUUGGUCAACAAGGUUCGCCGAUGUUGGUUGGCAAACUUCUCGCUUUCUGGAAGGUAUGAAGACUACCGAAAACUUUUAUAGCCAGGAAGCGGUCCAAGUCUGCGUCGACUCCUGGCACAAAGGACGCGUUGUACUACUCGGUGACGCCGCUCACUGCGCAUCUCCAUUCAGUGCCAUGGGGACAACGGGAAGUUUUGUCGGCGCCUACGUUCUUGCUGGUGAGAUUAAUCGCCAUUCAGACGAUCUCGCACAGGCGUUCGCCAAUUACGAGAAGAAGUUGCGGCCGUUCGUUAACGAGCUUCAAAAAAUGGCCAUUCAGAAGUACCGUUUGACUAUUCUCGCGGCGUUAGUCUUACUUCCCUUUGUUAUUGGAGCCACCUGCGACAAUACCAUUUCCGACAUAAUUGAGAUUGGGUCGCAGAUCGAUGCAGACGACAUUGCAGGUUGUGGUGGUACUAUCGAUGCAAAUAUCGAGAUCUCGAAGGAUUAUGCAGGUGCUCUCAUCCUGAAUGGGAUCACGACGGCGGCUAGUUCCUUGAUCUUUCAAGGAGCGACGAAUCUUACUUCCUUUGCGGCUCCUGAUCUUCUCGCCAUCAACGGGAAUCUGACGAUAACUUCGUGUAUCCUCCUGAGCGAUCUGAAUUUGGGUGAGCUCAUUUUGGUCGGGGAUAUGAUGCUUGAGGAUCUACCCAAUCUGCGAAGUCUAAACUUUACAAGUGGUCUCAGGACUGCUAGAGGUAUUUCGAUUGUUGGCACUGGUCUUGAAACUCUGGAUGGUCUCGAAAUCAGUUCAGCAAGUGACGGAAUCAACAUCUCUGCCAAUGCUGCGUUGACCGAUAUCAACUUUUCAAGUCUCACCAAUACCAGUGGUCUGUUUAGCAUUCAGGCAAAUAACCCGAAAAUGAAAGUCAAUUUGCCCAGUCUCGCCGCUGUACAGGAUUUCACAAUUGAAAACGUCUCCUCUUUUUCGAUGCCUGGUCUAUAUCAAGUGUCCGGGCAGCUAUUGAUUGCCGGCUCAUCGAUUGACAGUUUCUCAACCGGUACAUUACAGACCGCGGGCAGUAUUAUGUUUACCGACAAUCCACUUUUAAACAAUAUAUCCAUGCCAGAAUUGACCUUCCUCUCGGGUGAUCUUGUAAUCGCUGCCAAUGAAGAACUCAAACAAAUCACCGAAUUUCCCAGCUUGACUGAAGUCCAGGGUAACAUUGAUGUCUCCGGAGACUACACAGAAUUUACUCUUCCUGCGCUGACUGCCGUCAAAGGUAGCUUUAAUGCUACCAGUCAGUCAGAAUUUGGUGGAUGUGCUACAUUUGACAAGCAGAGAGAGAGUAAUGUCAUUCAGGGCAACUAUACAUGUUCAUCUCCGAGUGGUAGUCCUACGUCUACGACUAGUUCCACGUUAAGCAGCAGUACCUCACCUGAGGUCACUAGCACCCAUUCAAGUGGUGGUAGCUCCUCCUUGCUUUCAAUCGGGGCCAAAGUAGCGAUUGGGCUCUGUGUACCGGUGGCCGUCAUUUCUUUCUCGACGUUGCUGUUUUUCUGGCGGCGCCGCAGGCGAGCGAAUGCAAGACUCGCCCAAUUCAACGGUACACAAGUUCAUGAGGACCUCACUCCCAGGCCUGAACUGGAGGGCAGCCCUGUUACGACAAGGCCUUCACAAAAGCAGGAACUCGAUGCUCCAGGUACGAUUAGUACGAGACAUUCAACAAUAUUGGAACCCAUUGAAUUACCAAAUGAGUCCGAGAGCAUUGUAUACCACGAGAUGCUUGGUGCACCGAGAGAAAUCGAGACGCAUCAAUAG